GUAUUGAUGUGCCAAAAAAAACGAUCCCACCCCGAAAGUUCUUGAUUUGAUGGCGUUUUUAAUCAUUUUUACCUUGAAUAACGGAUGAAAUGCCUUGAAAACCGGCGAGCCAAAUCAAGAUGAAUUGUACUAUAACUAUACAACACACAUAUUAGGAUGUGUGAAAAAGACACAAGAAGAACCGAUGAAAAAGCUGACGAGACUUCCGAUAAUGACUCCCGAGAGAAAACUCGUACGGUCAAGUUUGAUAUCGGAGAAUUUGUACACACACACCGUAAACUAAAGCUUCUUUGCUCCUCAUGGGUGGAUCUGUAUCGCAGAAUAGUGCUAGUAUUCAGCUGGCAGUCCCCAAAGACGUCAUUUGUGUGGUUUAUCAUCUGUAGCUACCUUGCCUUUAUAUCACCUGUGUGUUUUCUGGCUUUCCCAUUGGCAUACAUCAGCAUUCUCCUUGUUAGCUCUGGUAUUCAAAGAGCUGGGACACAUAACAGUACACUCUUGGACAAGAGUAAAUUAAUCAAGAAAAAGGCUGAAGACAAGCUGAAUUCUAGGCUUGCAUUGGAGAAACAAGUUAAAGAGGAUUUGAAGGACUGCAUCUAUCUGCUGUCUCAGAUAGAAUCAUUGAGUAAUGAUGUAUGCCUCAUUCUUCAAGAAAUUCACAAUGUAUUUAUAUGGAAAGAUACCAGAAAAUCCAUAAUAUGCUUGGUGAUCUUGUUAUUAUUGAUUGUUUUCCUGUUGCUGAUGGCGUGGAGAUGGGUGAUGCUUAUUACUGUCCUGUCACUAUUUUGCCUAAACUCUGGUUUUGAUCAAGUCUUUAGAGGGCAUGUUUUGCUGGCACAUGGUAAAGUGAAAAGGUUUUGCAAUCACAUCCUGAUGACAACAAGGUCCAGGCAGAGUUUAAGAAGACUGUCUUUUCAAGGCUCGUCUGACUUCACAGAACAAUGGUUUGAUGCCAAGGAGAGUGAUACUACUGGUGAUGAAGAUGAUGAUAUAUCUGAACAAGAGGACACGAAUGAGUCACUACAGAUUCAGAGCUAUCAAUUCUCACCAGAGACUACUGAGUACAAAUCAGUGGUUUCAAGACUUGUUGACUAUCGGCAGAAGCAGAAAAAGUUCAACAGUGGCAACUGUUCAUCUUGUAAUGUUCCUUUUAAGUCCAUUCUAAAGAAACGGCAAUACUGCCGUCACUGCGGAGAGGGCUUCUGCUCACGUUGCUGUUCUCAUCGUGUGAAGAGGGCAGUGUUUGGUGCUACAGCGCCUGCUGCAUACGCCGAGACUGUCUUGGUUUGUAAGCCCUGCUACGACUACCUCAUGGGCCCGUACUCCGAAGACAAACCUGAGGAAGUUGAUUCAGGGUAACCUGCUAACUGAAGACUAUACAAGUAACCAGUUCAGCGGCUUUACUCUUCUGUUUAGCAAGUUUUUGUGGGGGUGGUCAGAGGAAAUAGAAAAUGUAGUAUGGACCGCACGAAGAAUCGGGACGAGAGGUCAUGCCCUACGCUUGCUCUCUAUUUCCUUUGAACAACUUACAGGGCGCUUUCUAUGUAGAUAAGGCUGGUGUCCACAUGGGGGCCAUCGAUACCUUGACGAUCGCAUACCGAUUGCAAAGUGGUUUCCACGUGAUCCACACGAUCACAAGAUGAGUUUCCAUACUGUAUACCGCAAUACUGAAUACUUCCAUACUGUUUACUGCAACAGUUUACUGCCAUACUGUUUUCUGUCAUACUGUAUACUGCUAUAUUUACCACAUGUUCCACAUUAUGGCACAACCUCAAUAUGAUCUUGAUAAUGAUAAUGAUUAUGAUGAUACGUUUUUCCAGAGGGAACAUCUAAGUGGUGAUAUACUCAUUAGAAAGCUAAUAAAAAUAUUUAAAUGUAAAAAUUUACAAAAGCAAAUUCGUUUUGGAAAAGCCAUGUCGCCAUUACCAAGUCUAGAGAAGAAUAAAGCGCACAAAAGGCGUGGCAACAGUCCAAAGAAAUGAAAUAUAAAUAAAGCAGAGUGAGUUUGAAAUUCCGAGAUGGACCUGUUUCCAGAAUCCUCGUAGAAACUUCGUUCCAUGGACGAGACUAGGGAGCUUUCGGCUGAGUGAAGGACCAUUAGAUACUUUAGGUUUGGGGGGCAUUUUCAUGGUUUUAUGCUUGUUGAUCUAAUUGCUGGAGUUGUUCUUAUUUUUGUAGUCUGAUUGUGGGGGAGUUGAAAUACCUAGAAUUUCUAUAUUUUUAUAUGUUAAGGAAAUGGGGGGUGUGGGAUUCCACUCUAAAGGUUCACUAAAUGAAAAUGACUCUAUUCGCAGAAGCCCCAUGGCUUUAUUCUGACUCAACUUGUCUCAAGAGAGUAUAAUCAUACCAUUAAAACAUAAUAUGGGUAAACUCUAUUAAUGAAAAAAAAAACGCGCAUAAAUCUCCUUUUUAUUUCCGUCUUUUUCUUCUGAAUAAAAAGCAAAAACGUAAAGAAA